AUGCCCAACGUGGCGCGCUGUCUCCCAGUCCGAGGCGUGUGGCCGCGCCGCCGCCGCGUCCGCGCCACGUGGCGCGACGAGUUCAUCCGGUUGCACUGCGCCGGCCGCAACUUCCGCGUGGGCCGCUCGGCCCACUCCCACCUCAUGCCUUCCGCCGCGCCCGCCGAGCGAACGUGCUGCCGCCUCGCCGUCUCCGACCGCCACCUCGCCGCCGGCUUCCUGAACGGCGCCGUGCAGCUCUUCGACGUCCCCGGCGGCCACCACCUCGCCUUCUACGAGUCCCACCCGCAGCACGACGGCCUCGGCCCCUUCUCCCGCGCCGUCUCCGGCCUCGUCUUCCUCGCCGACCCCGACCGCCUCGUCUUCGCCACGCACAGCGGGGAUGUUCACGUCGCCGACGUGGCGGAACCCGUGUCCCGCUCCGAGCGCCGGGCCUGCACCGGCAACGUCAUCGACGACGGCACGAUGGUCGACUUCACGGGCAACGAGCGGUGGUGGGUCGGCCUUUUCGCGGGUGUGCCGGGCCGGGCGUGGCACGUGUGGGACGUCGGCUCAGAGCAACUGGUGUACGUGGGCGGCAUGCUGACCGACCCGGAUGCCUUGCUGGGCUGGCGCAUGCUGACCCACUUAGGCGGGCCGGUGGUGGGUCGUGCCCGGAUGCCCUGGCCUGCCACAGUUGUUGGAUGCACCAGUUCAAGAAUUCAGGUCAUAAAUCUGGAAGAAGACCCGCCGACGGUCGCGAACGAGCUCGAGCUCAACGUCGUCCACCACGGGGCGUCCGCGGAUGCGUGCGAGGGCCGGAUGCUCACGGUGGACGAGAACGGGACGGGGAGAGUGCACGGGGUGCCGGCGCUGGAGGAGGUGUGCGCAUUCAACGUGCUGCACGGCGGGGCCCUGCACCACGCGGUGGGGUGCAUGAACUGGGGCUACGCGAUUCUCGGCGUAUCCGGGCGAGUUCGCGUUUGGGACGCAUUCACCGGGGAGUUCUUGUACAGCUUCAGGGAGAGGUUGGGGAUAAGCGUAGUGGCCGCGAAUGAUUCCUACGUGGCGGGGUGGGACCGCACCUCAGGAUUGCACCUGUGGGACUUCGGCGCCGUUUAGCCGGUCACAGUCGCGCCGGUGCUAACGUGCGCUGAUCCAGCUUCCAACUUCCAAGAAUGUCUGUAAGGCGCGCAUUUUCUUAUUUAUUUUCGGCCACGAGAAGCGAGU